AUGUCUGCCUUCGAAAGUCUCUUCAAGAAACCCGCAAUCCCCCCUUCGAACAUCAAAAAGCGCAAACUAGAGCCUCCAAUCGAAAGUCCCAAUGAUAGGUAUAAAGCCAAUCGUGUCGAGCUAAACGGCAAGGGCAAAGCUCGCAAUGCAGCAGUCGAAGACGCGCCAGACGAUGACGUCGAUAUGGAUACCAAUGAAGACUUUACUGCCGAAGCAGACGAAGAUCUAGAAGAUGAAGAGGGUGGAAGGUUCUUCGGUGGUGGGAUUACUCAGCGGGAGAAAGAGAUUUUGGAUUUCAUGGAAGACGAGGAGGAUCAAGGGCCCGAGAAAAUCGACCUCCCCUACCUCCGAAAACUCGCUUUGAACUUCGAAAAGAAAAUAUCCAAAAACGCCGAAAUGCGCGCCAAAUUCGAAGACGACCCGUCGAAAUUCAUGGAGUCCGAAGCAGAACUUGACGUCGAAGUCAAGAACCUCGCAAUCCUAGCCGAACACCCGGAACUAUACGAGGAAUUUGCAAACAUGGGGUGUCUGGGAUCACUAGUCGGACUUCUAAGUCACGAAAACACAGAUAUUGCUAUAGCAGUAGUACAAAUUAUCGGCGAACUUACGGGCGACGAGGUGGAGGCCGAUCCGGAGCAGUGGAAUGUGCUGGUGAAUACCAUGAUUGACGCACAGUUGUUAGAUAUGCUCACACAGAAUCUGGAGCGGUUGAAGGAGGAUAACGAUGAAGAUCGGAAUGGGAUCUAUCAUACUCUUUCGGUGUUCGAAAACUUAGCUUCAAAUCAGGCGGUUUCAGAGCGGGUUGUAAAGGAGACAAAGGUUUUGGGAUGGUUACUGGAAAGGAUUAAGAUCAAGGAGUCACCGGUUAGCCAGAAUAAACAGUAUGCGGCAGAGAUACUGUCAAUCUUAGUACAGUCAUCGGCACAAAAUCGGAAGCGAUUGGUUGAGAUUGAUGGUGUGGAUGUUUUGCUUCAACUUUUGAGCCCCUACAGGAAACGGGAUCCUACGAAAGGUGGAGAGGAGGAAGAAUUGUUCGAGAAUAUGUUUGACACUUUAAUAUGCUUGGUGGAUGAGAAGGAAGGGAAGGAGAAACUCGUGGAGGCCGAGGGUGUGGAGUUAUGUUUGAUUAUGAUAAGAGAAGGGAAGAUGAGUAAAGGGAGAGCCUUGCGAUUAGUUGAUCACGCAUGCAGUGGCCUAUAUGGAGGGGUGGUAUGUGAGCAGUUGGUAGAGGCUCAGGGGUUGAAGACGCUCUUUGGAUCGUUUAUGAAGAAGCAAGAUGCUCAAGUCACAGAGCACCUAUUGGGAAUUUUUGCUUCAUUGCUCCGAAAUCUCCCCGCCGAUUCAGCUCCCCGGAUAAGAACACUCGCCAAGUUCGUAGAGAAAGACUAUGAAAAAUUAGUUAAAAUCAUGUCGCUUCGAGAUGACUACUCGAGGCGGGUAUCGGCAGUAGAUAGCGAAGUUGCCGCGGAAAAGCAGAAGGCUACUGCAGAAGAAAUCGAAGAAAGAGAGGACGAAUGGGAUUUAAGGCGGUUAGAUGCCGGUUUAUUCUGCUUUCAGAUUCUGGACCAGGUUGUAAGCUGGUUAGUGGCUGAAGACGAUGGUGCACGGAAGCGUGCAACCGAACUUCUGGAGAAGUCCAACAAGUCACUAGAAGAUGUUAAAGCCACCCUAGUCGAGCAGUUGGAUGGACUGGACGAAUCAACCGAGGAGGGCAAAGGGACUAGGGAAAUGCUCACAGCUCUGGUAUCUUGUCUAUAA